UUAACAAAAUUACAAACAAAAUUCCAUUAUUCUUGGAAUAUAGAAAACCUGAGGGAAGGGGGCCACGAAAGUGGCAGGGAUUUAGCUGGGGCGGGGGUUCAAGUGCGGGCCAGGAACGCAGGGUCUCGGCCGGGGGAGAGGGGGCCAGGAACGCAGGGUCUUGGCCGGGGGAAAGGGGGCCAGGAAUGCAGGGUCUCGAUCGGGGGAGAAGGGGCCAGGAACGCAGGGUCUCGGCAGGGGGAGAAGGGGCCAGGAACGCAGGGUCUCGGCCAGGGGAGAGGGGGCCAGGAACGCAGGGUCUCGGUCGGGGAGAGGGGGCCAGGAAUGCAGGGUCUCGAUCGGGGGAGAAGGGGCCAGGAACGCAGGGUCUUGGCCGGGGGAAAGGGGGCCAGGAACUGAGGGUCUCGACCAGGGGAGAGGGGGCCAGGAACGCAGGGUCUCGGCCGGGGGAGAGGGGGCCAGGAACGCAGGGUCUCGAUCGGGGGAGAGGGGGCCAGGAACGCAGGGUCUCGGUAGGGGAGAAGGGGCCAGGAACGCAGGGUCUCGGCCGGGGGAGAGGGGGCCAGGAACGCAGGGUCUCAGUCGGGGGAGAAGGGGCCAGGAACUCAGGGUCUCGAUACGGGGAGAGGGGGCCAGGAACGCAGGGUCUCGACCGGGGGAGAGGGGGCCAGGAACGCAGGGUCUCGACCGGGGGAGAGGGGGCCAGGAACGCAGGGUCUCGAUCGGGGGAGAAGGGGCCAGGAACUCAGGGUCUUGGCCGGGGGAGAGGGGGCCAGGAACGCAGGGUCUCGGUCGGGGGAGAGGGGGCCAGGAACGCAGGGUCUCGACCGGGGGAGAGGGGGCCAGGAACGCAGGGUCUCGAUCGGGGGAGAAGGGGCCAGGAACUCAGGGUCUUGGCCGGGGGAGAGGGGGCCAGGAACGCAGGGUCUCGGUCGGGGGAGAGGGGGCCAGGAACGCAGGGUCUCGACCGGGGGAGAGGGGGCCAGGAACGCAGGGUCUCGAUCGGGGGAGAAGGGGCCAGGAACGCAGCGUCUCGGCCGGGGGAGAAGGGGCCAGGAACGCAGGGUCUCGAUCCGGGGAGAGGGGGCCAGGAACGCUGGGUCUCGGCCGGGGCAGAGGGGGCCAGGAACGCAGGGUCUCGGCCGGGGGAGAGGGGGCCAGGAACGCAGGGUCUCGAUCGGGGGAGAGGGGGCCUGGAACGCAGGGUCUCAGCUGGGGGAAUCAGUCGCUGA